AUGAAGGCAUUAUUAUAUGAGAAACUAAAGGCACGUGCCGCGUCAAACGUGACAGCUGUGGCUGAAGCGUUGCCACGUCGUUCCUUCCUUCCUUCCACCACCAUCACCAUCCACCACCACCGUUUCAAACCACGACCGCCCGCGACAUCGACAACGACGGCGAGGACGACGCUGACGCUGACGACGCGUGACGAGGGCCCAGCCCAGAUGGCGAACGACGACAUCGGUCGUCGUUCGCCGUAUCUGCUCGGCCACGAGGACCCACCACCACGAACAGCCCACCAACACACCACACCAACGUCAACGAGCGCCCACCACCACGAGCGCCCACCACCACGAGCGCCCACCAACGAAAACGAGCGCCCACCAACGUCAACGACCCCACGCCAACGACGACCAGCGCCCACGAAAACGACCGCCCACGGACGUCCAGCGACCGCAAACGACGUCCCCGCCCACGAAAACGAUGUCCACCGCCCAUGA